AAAUACUGUCUUAGUUCCGGAUAAAUUGAGCACACGAAAUCUCUUCUGAUCGUACAUCACUAUCCUUUUGAUCCCUGAAGUUAGUGUAAUUUAUGGUGAUGGCCAACUCGGGUGGCUUCGCAGUGACCCGGACCCACGUUUCGGACCGGUUCUACAACCCUCCGCCGGUUCGGAGACAGCACCAGUUGCUGUUGCAGCAGCAGCAGUUGCAGAGGGCGGUGAAGUCGGAGUCCAGAGUGGACUCGAGCGACCCGGAUAUCCUGACUGACUCGGAAGAGUCGACAUUGUCCAGGCCCAACUCUACAUGCUCGUCAUCUUCCCCGAGAAACACCGACUUGACCAAUUUGGAUCGGCUUAUGGAAUCGUUCACUCCCGUUGUCCCUGCUCUGUUGCUCUCCGAGCAGUGACUGUGAGGCAGAAAGGCAAUCUAAAAAUGUUGUUGAUGGAGCUUGGGGUAAGCAUAAUCUCAUCUCCUUAAACUCUCAGAGAAUGAGGAAGCUAACAUUGAGAGAUAAACCUGCCAAUAGUUCAUCCAAUGAUAAACCAGAGGUUUACAGCUCACCCAAGCUUCCUGUAUUUGAAUAUUUUGAACAAGAACAACCGCACCAUCGCCAACCUUUAUAUGAUAAAGUAAGUCCAUUUUAUUUGAGAUUCAUGUAUUGGGCUUUUUAGUCAUCCAUUUUCUUUGUCCCGACAUGGGUGCUUGUUGGAUCUUACUUUCAAAUCUGGCAUCUCAAUUUCCAGAGCUGCAGUUGUACAGGAGUUAUGAUCUUUUGCCUGCAAGUUGGGUUUCUGUGGCUUGGUAUCCGAUAUAUAGAAUACCUGUAGGUCCAACACUGCAAAAUCUGGAUGCAUCUUUUCUAACCUUCCAUUCCUUAUCGACACACUCCAGAAGUGCAGGCAAAAAUCAAUCAAAGUUUCAUGCUUCAAGUGGCAGGAAGGUCGAUGGGAAUGAGCCAUCAUCAAAGAUUUCCCUGCCCCUUUUUGGCCUUGCUUCAUAUAAGUUGAGAGGUUCAAUUUUUACUCCUAGUGGAGCCAAUGAAUGUCAGCAAGCAAGCUCUCUAUUGCAGGCUGCUGACAUUUGGCUCCAGCAGUUGCAGGUUAAUCUUCCUGAUUUCCAGUUCUUUGUUUCCCACAGCUCACAAUGGAGAUGACGGGGGGCUUGACUUCAAAUGUUCUUCCAUAUGGGCAUAGAAGUUCAAGUUGUAUUGCCGGAAUGAGAUGUGAUAGAAUAUAAAUGCCUUAAAAAAAGGAUCCUAAGUAGCGGCUUGAUUUUCAGUGCUGUCAUCCUUAGAACAAUGUAAGUUUCUCCUCAGAAGCAGAACAGUCCAUAAGAGGUUGGAAGAGAAAAAAGACAGAGACGCACUAGUCACUUGAAGUGAGCAAAACGAACUUGGUCAUGCAACUAGAUUUUGUUCAAAGUCUGCAGGUGCACAAAGGGCUGGUUAGACAGCUGUUUAUUGUAUUUGAGCAGGGCAUGAGAACUGGGAUGCGAACAACACUGUAAUCAGAUUGCCUCACUUGUUUUUUGUUGGGUUUGGGGACUGGGGAGAGAGAGGUGGGGCGCAUGACUAAAUAGUAUCCAGUAUAUUGUGGUUCACUGAUCCCAUCACUGAUUUUUGGACCAACAUUUGCCAAUAUUGAUGGAACUUUCGGAAAUCUAA